GGACCAUCCGCUCGUGGUAAUAGCUUUGAUUUACGCUUCGUAGGGAAACAUUCCUUCCGAAGAUGGUAUAUGGCUUCGGGUGGGGUGAUGUCUUGAACCUUAGCUUCUCAACCAACGNACACCUUAGAAAUCUGGAAAUUGUCCUUGCAAAUGGAGCAAUAUUGCAAUGGGCUACUCGGCGAUGUUUCAUGUGUGGUGGCUGUGGUCAUGGCCACUGGGAAUGUUCAAAUAAGUAUGCCAUACCAUAUGAAGAGUGGGCCAUGAUUCAUGAGGAGGAAAAGAAAAGCUCAUGUGACCAAUUUGUCAAUGAGGAAGACGUCUUUGAUAUUCCUGUCAAAGAUGAAGAUGACGUCUUCGUAGAAGAACCGGCUUCUAAUGCUCAGGAAGAAUCACACUAUAAUGAUUCUUUCCUUAUUCAUGAUGACUUCGUUGAUGAGGUUUUUACAAGGCAUGGCAUCAUGUUCCGGAAAUUACACAACGAAGUGUCUACUAAUUCCGGAAGGAACCUCAUUAUUGGUGGUUCAUUGAAUUUCCCAUUUGAUCCGGGAAUUCUUUUAUGAAACCCAAAUCAGUCACGGUGGUGCGAAAGUUUGAGGACAAACUUUCUUCGAAGAAGGGAAGUAUGAUGUACCCCUGGAUGGCUCCACUAAAAUCCCAACCUCUCCCAAAAUAUCCAAAAGUCUUUUAUCUUCAUUUGAUAAUCAAAAUAAAGUCUUUACCUUCCUUUUUAGCCUUGGACGAAAAUGAGGACCAAAAAGACAAACCCUGUGUGUUGUUUUCUACUUCUUUUGUUCCUUUCAUUAAAUAAGACCUUCCCCU